GCGUCAUCUGACAAGUUACCCACAGUGAGAUGCUUAUCGCCCAGCCGCACGUGGGUGAGAUUACCCCUUUCUGGCGGCCGCCGGGGGUGGCGAGCGAUCCUUCGCAGCACGCCACGGGCUCAGCCUUGCACGAGAAAAUGUUUAAUCAAACAUGACUGUUAUCAGCGGGGGAGGAUAUGACGUCGGGAGAGGAUGCCAGCUGCCUGACCAUAUAUAUGAACGGACACCCAAGUGGAAUUAGGUGAAGCACCUACUUCAUACCGGCCCAAACCGUGAACCAACAACAAAAGAAGAAGCAAAACAAGACAAUGGGCCCAGUCAGACGAAGACGCACCCCGGCGCUCAGCAUCGAGCUGCUGGACGACCAGACGGCCUUCCUACCGGGCGACAUCAUCCUCGGGCGCGUCGUGCGGCGGACGGCGACCGACAACCCCAACGCCGACGUGACCGUGACGCUGUGCGGCCGCACCCUCAGCCGCGUCACCGUCACCACCCGGGACUCGGGCGGCGACAGCCACCACACCCACCACUCGGCCUGCUUCCCGCUCGUCGACGACGGCGCGCGCGCCCAGCGCCUCGCCUCGGGCCCGCUGCACAUCCCCGACGUCGACGGGGCCGAGGCCGAGUGGCCCUUCAGCAUCCAGCUGCCGCUGCGCGUCGACCCGGCCGGGCCCGCGGCGGCGGCGGCCGGCGACCGCACCUUUGUGCCCGCGGCCGAGGUCGCGUCCCACCCCCUGCCGUGCAGCUACGCCAGCUUCGGCUACGACGUCGAGGCGGCCGUCGAGUACUGGAUCGCCGCCACCGUGGAGCUCGUGGGCAAGCGGGACAAGCCCGAGCGCGCCGAGGCGGUCCUGCCCAUCACGGUCAACACGGUGCGGCCGGGCCCGCGGCUGGCCGACUACGGAUUGGCGACGACGUCGCGGCGCGCGCAGGUGGCGACGCACCGGCUGGUGCCGGGCAUGGCGGCGGCGGGGUCGCGGUUGUCGCUAUCGCAGCGGGCGCAGCGGCUGUUCCGGUCUUCGCGCGUGCCCGUGUUCGCGGGCGCCGUCGAGUUCGGCCUGCCGACAGCCGUGCAGCUCGAGGACCGCAGCCCCGUGCCGGUGCUGGUGCGAUUUGCGUCGGACCCGUACCAGGGCAGCGCCGAGGUGGAGGGGAGGCCGCAGAGGGUCAAGCUGGCCAAGCUGAUCAUGACGCUGCGGGGGAGCACCGUCGUCCGGUCCGGGAGCGCGCAGGCCACGGGGCCCGAGUCCCAGGGCCGCGUGCUGCUGUGGCCACCCGGGGACAAGGAGCCGGCCAAGCCCUUCUACGUGCCGUGCUCGGACGAGUGGCCGGCGGCCGACGUUGGCGAGCACGUGGGGCUGCGGCUCGGGAGGAAGGGCGUCAUCGGCAUGAGCAACCUAUGUCCGACUUUCACCACGUACCUCAUCCGGCGGGUGUACGAAAUCGAAUUCGAGGUCCAUCUCGACAUCGCUGGCGAGAUAACCAAGCACAAGUUCGAGUCGGAUCUGGAGAUAGCUGCGCCCUUCGACACCCGACCUUAUCCACCAACCGAUGAAUCAAUGCCACCUCCUAGCUUCGACGAAGCAUUGCGAAGCCCAAACCUAGGAGGCCAGGGCCAGCACUUCGGUAGCAUGGCCAGGAGUGGGGCAUAUACAGGUCUGGAUAUGGCGUCCGGUAUCAUAAAUGUCAUAGCGGAGGGUGCAAGGGACUGAUUUGAUAAAGCCGACGUAUAUCAAUAGUUAAUAUAAUGAGAAUUCACCACACCAGAUGGAGUAUA